AUGUUUAUAACAACAACAAAAAAAUCAAUAUUAUUUAUAUCAACUGUCAUUGUAUUGUUGGGAUGUCUAAAUGGUGCCCUUGCUGGGUACGUUUGGAGUACCAAUGGACAUAUGUACGAUGUUGGUUCUACCGGUGCCACAUCUUCUGAAUUAGCUAGAAGAGCUUGCCAAAACAAUUAUUGGGAUGAUAGUAAUGGAAAUAGACUAUGGGGUUACUUGGCUACUAUCACAACAAAGGCUGAAAUGGACUUUUUGGUCGCUAGAAGUUUAGUUUCAAAUGUUUGGGUUAGUGGUUCAGAUGAUAAAGAACAAGGAAUAUGGAGAUACUCCUCAGGACCGGAAUCAGGAGAGGUCAUGUAUGAUGUCUUUAAUGAAAAGUGUUAUACUUAUUGCCCAUUAAGUAGUGCCUUUUCAUUUGCUGAUGGAAAUGGUUUAUUGGCUUCAUCUGCAGGUACCUAUACCAAUGAACCAGCUGCCUCUACCGUCUAUGGUGUAUUAUGCGAGUAUGGAGGACUUGAAACUAAAUUAGGUUCACCACGUAUGGUACCAUUGACAGUUCCAACUGAAGGAGGAUUUGUUAAAUUGCUUGGUCUUGCCACUGGGUACCUUAUCGACAGUGUAGUUGUAUCGGUUGCAACACCUGGAUUCGCCACCUACAAUGCAAAAUGUAACAGAGUUACUUCAGUUUCCACUGAAUGUUAUAUCAACCCUGGCAAUGGAGGUGCCAUCACCAUCGCCACUAUUGGAGAUACAGGAAGUGGGUCCAUCGCAACUGCCUAUGAACCACCACAAGUCAGUGCCGUCUACCCAGCCUAUACAAGUGGGUCAUUGAUCACACUAGUUGGUUCCAACUUUGGUACUAGUGCUUCUCUCAUCUCUGUCACCAUCGGAUCGACCAACAUUGCCUGUAACACUGUUACCAUGUUAGAGGCACACAAUGUCAUCAGAUGUACUCUUGCCUCUAACCUAGGUUCAAACAAAUUCCUUCCCAUCACUGUCACUUUGAAUGGACAAACUAGAAAGUUCUUCCAUCCUGCUACUUACUUUGCAAGUGCAAACAUUUUCCUUAAAGGAUUUACCAUUCCAAUGAUCUCUGAUUAUGCAUUCAAACGUUUAGAGAACAAGUUCCAAUUGUUUGGACAAACUGGUGGCAUUGCAACUGUAUUUUCAGCUGAUAUGCAAACCCAUCUCAUCAACACUCUUCCCACCCCCUCGUCUGCCUACAAACUCUGGCAAAAUUACUACUCGGUGAAUAAUGGUCUUGUCCACCUUGUUGGUAAUGUGCUCGGUGCCGUUCCACAACUCUACUCUUCCAGUAGUAUUCCACAAGGAUCCUCCUAUCUUCGUUAUCUAUUCACUCUUUCCAAUGGACAAGUAGAUAAUGUCUCUCCAGAUUCUCUUGGUUAUGCAGUUUUAGGUUUCAGUGAAAACUUUGAAUUUAUUAAAAAUGAUAAAUUACAUCCAUAUGAUGACCAAUCGUAUGUAUGUCCAACCACUGGAUGCUCGAUUAAUUUCUUGGCCAAAAACUAUGGGUUGUGGAAUAGUGCCUUGGUGUUUAAUGCAAUGGGUGUAGAUACCACAAACUUUGAUAGAAAUCAAAACAGUAUCAUGCUUACUUUGCCAGCUGGCUAUGGUACCAAUCUACCAAUCAAAGCAUAUGUUGAUGGAAAAUCGUCUUACAACACCCUCUUGUACAGCUAUGCUGCUCCAAUCAUCAACAGUGUUGUUGUCAGUAAUGGUUAUGUUACUAUUACCGGUACCAACUUUUACACUCUCAACUCUAUCAUUUCAGUCACUGUCGGUUCAGUUUCCUGUGCCUCUCCAACUCUGAUUUCUCUACACACUGUCGUCCGUUGUAUUGCCCCAGCUGAUGCCACCCAAGCCACUAGACUUACCAUUGCUGGUAAUGAAGGUGCUAUUCAAUCCAACCUUGUUAUUCCAACACUCGGUAACCCAAGAGUCACCUCGGUCUCGGCUGCCUCUGUAUUUGGUGGUGUUAUUUCCAUCAAUGGUUACAACUAUUUCUCUACAGUAGCUGAUAUUUCAGUCACUGUUGGUGGUGUAGCUUGUCCAUCGGUUGCUAUUGUCACAGCCAACACUCAAAUCACCUGUGUUGCUCCAGCUUCAGCUGGAUCCAAGGUUGUUGUGGUCACUGUCUCUACCCGUGUCUCCAACUCUGAUAUCUCGGUUGUUUUCCAAUCUCCAACCAUCACAUCGGUCACUCAAACCGCGUCCAAUGCCAUUUCCAUUGUCGGUAAUGGAUUUGGUACCAACGCAGCUGUUCUCACCAUCACUCUUGGAGCCUCGUCCAUUUCAUCGGCCCUUUGCACUGCUGCUGGCUCCUCCCUCACCUGCACUGGUCUCCCGACCAAUCUCGUCAAUGGAUUAGUAUCAGUAUCAGGAUCAAACACCAUCCCAUUCAAGUUUAACCCAACUAUUACCAGUACCACCCUCUCUGCAUCUCCUCAAUCCCAGGUCACCAUUAUUGGCAACCACUUUGACUCUGGUGUCGUCCCAACCUUUGGUGGAGCAGCCAUUCCAUGUACCGGUACCUACACCCAAUUAGUCUGCAUCUUUGUAGCUGACUCUGUUUCAGGUUCAUUGUUUGUCACUCCAUCAGUCUCUACUCCAAUCGUGUUUGACCCAUUCUUUACUGCCAUGAAUCCAACCACCGAUGUUCCAACUGCAGGAUCGACUGUCAUUGUCCAAGGUGGUCACUUUGAAAACCACUCUGGUUACACUCUCUCUGUCUUGUUGCAAGGAACCGUUCCAAUGACCUUUACCAAACUCGGACUUGGAUUCUUGUCAGUGGUCAUCCCAGCAGGAUCUGGCAACAACAAGUACUUUGUCGUCAAAGUCAACAGCAAGACAACCGCCAACAUUGCAUUCAACUAUGCCGGACCAUCCAUCACGUCGACCAAGACAUCAGGCGAACAACUCGCAAUCAUUGGUGAUAACUUUGGACUAUCCCCAACCGUCACUAUUGGCGGUACCUCGGCAUCUGUCUUGUCCGCCACCUCCAACACUAUUCUUGUUACCAUUCCAGCCAAUGCUGGUCAAACCGACCUGAUCGUGGUAUCCUCCAACGGUCAAUCGGCAUCCUACACUGGAUUGACCCUCCAUCCAUUGAUUACCAGUGUCUCACCGCUAAGAGCUGGAGGUAGUAGCGUUGUAACUGUCACUUCAGCCUAUGCACCUCCAUCUGCAAGUCCAUCCAUUUACAUUUCCUCUGCACCACCCGUCCCACUCACCAUUGUUUCGGCAACCUCACCCUACAAAUACUCUUUCAAUGCUCCAUCAAGUUGUUUCACAGGUCGACUUGUUUCAUUGUCACUUGGAUCAAGCUCGAUCUCUUCGGUUGGAAUCAUCAACUCCUUGCAGCCAUCCAUCACAUCAGUAUCCAAUCCACCCUUCCAGAUCAUUUCCCCCAUCACAAUCACUGGUGUCAAUCUACCAGCAAGUGGUAUAUCAUUAAUCUAUGUAUCCGACACAAGAUACAAGUGUAACGACAUUCAAUACAUUAGUGAUACAACCAUUACCUGCUCCUUUGAUGGAUUAAACUUACAUCAUCCCUACCAAACUAUUAGUCCAGUUUACGGUGACCCACCCUUGACCAUAUAUAUGGAAGGACCAUGUACGACCAUCUCUGCCAAUGUUUUCAAGUAUCAACCUAUUUCCAUUACCAAUGUCAUUCCAAUGUACAACUCUAUCGAAAUCAAAGGUACUGGAUUCAUUUUCAAGGUUACUGGACCAGUUGUCACAAUUGACGAUCCAACCUCUACACCAUUGCCUGAUUGCUCCUACACCACCACCACUGUUACAUGUCCAAUGACCUAUCAAUUAAUGACCCCUUAUGUAAUCUACCUUGAAGGUGGUCCAUACAGAGCUAUUUAUGAAUAA